AUGGCCAAUACCCGGUCAGGAGGGGCGAACAAUGAGGGAGCAGGGGACACCAACACCAGUGCAAGGGAAGGCAGCGCCGCCACCAAUGCAAAGCACCCCAAGUCCGCAACGACCUCCACCUCGUCUGUGCGUGAAACAGGCGAUGAGCCGAAGCCAAACCUGAGGAUGCUGAAUCGAGAAACAAAAGGAAAGGAUCCCAUUGUGAUGACCACCACCAGUUCUGCAGCUACACCGGUUUCGCAGACAUCUAUGAGGGGCAGGAGCAACCCCAGCACACCUGAUUCCCUGAAAUCGUCAGCAAUGAAGCUAAAAGGGUCGACGAGGAAGCCUAGUUCCCCCAAAACGUCUGACAGAGUAAAGAAAAGUACCAUUUCAGCUUCUGCUGCUUCAAAUGAUUCAACUGGAGUUUCUCCUGGUCAAGUGGCUGCUCUCGGCAAAACCGUGAAAAGGAAAAUUGAUGAACGUAAGUCAACCAAGAAUAAGCAUGAUGCUUCUGAGAGCGGUACCAGGCCACUGAAGCAGCAUAAAAGGCUAACUGUGGAAGACAAUGGCUCUGUUUUGAGGUUUGAAGAAAGUGGCGCGCACGAAGAAGAUAACCAGGCACAUUUAAGUCAAGUCGUCAAUGAAUUUUGUGAAGGCUGUACUUCUGGUCGGUGUGAAGCUCCCGAGUUGAUACUGGAGACAGAUGGGUCGAAAACUGAUGUUGAAAAAUCUGCUCCCAUUUCGGAGGCACAUAUGACUGCUGAUCUAUGUUCACAGAAUAUGGUGGCUGAAAGCAGUCCUGCAGUGGACGCUAGAGAGCCAACUGAUAACUGUUCAGAGUUCACACCUCAUGUUGCAAUGGCCCAGAAAGUGGACUCGUCAAAAUUUGUGGAGUACUGGGUUCCUGCUCGCCUUUCACGAGUGCAACUAGAAAUGUACUGUUAUACCUUGCUUUCAAACUCACUAGCGCUUCAAUCAAAUGAAAAAACUGACAGUGUUGGUGCUCUUCGCAACAUUCUUGUAUCCCUCCGGAAGUGCUGCGACCACCCUUAUCUAGUAGAUGAAACGCUGCUAGACUCACUUCCCAAGGGCCACCCAGUAACUGAUAUCCUGGAUAUUGAAGUUCGUGCAAGUGGCAAGCUACUGCUUCUUGAGAAAAUGCUCCGAUUAAUCAAGGAAAAAAGGCAGAGAGUUCUUAUCCUUUCCCAGUCUUGUGAUGGGGCUGGCAUUCCAAUGGGUGAUAUUCUGGGUGAUUUUCUCUGUGAAAGCUUUGGUCUUGAGUCAUAUGAGCGCGUGGAGCAUGGUUUCUCUGUACCAAAGAAACAGGGUGCAAUGAGUAUGUUCAAUGACACGACUAAGGGCCGGUUUAUUUUCUUGAUUGAUAGUCGUGCAUGUGUCCCAAGCAUUAAACUGUCAUCAGUUGAUGUCAUCAUCAUAUAUUCUAGUGAUUGGAAUCCCACAAAUGACUUGAGAGCCCUCCAGAAGAUCAGCAUAGAGUCACAAUCUGAAUGUGUGCCCAUUUUUCGUUUGUAUUCGUCUUGUACAGUGGAGGAAAAGGCUCUUAUACUUGCAAAGCAUGAUCAUACUCUUGAUACCAGUGUCCAGAAUAUAAUGCCUAUCCUGAGCCAUUGUAUGCUUAGUUGGGGUGCAUCAUUUCUCUUCAGUAGACUUGAAAGGCUAGAAAACGAUGCAUAUUCAUGGAUAAAGUACUUUCAGAGUUCUCAACGAAGUUAUCCACUGAAGAUGAUACCAGCACUAAGACGAGCAAUGCAGCCGUAUCACAAGCUCAUCUGA